UCUAGCCAACAUGGCGACUUCUAUAGACGCUGAAUUUCCCGUUGACGGUAUUUUACCUAAGAAAGAGACUGGAGCGUCUGUGUACUUGUCGAAGUAUCCUAACUACGAUGGCAAGGGAGUGGUCAUCGCUAUCCUUGAUACGGGAGUCGAUCCCGGAGCUCCUGGAUUACAGGUGACCAGUGAUGGUCGUCCUAAGAUUAUCGACAUAGUGGAUGCUACCGGGUCCGGUGAUGUGGACACUUCUCAAGUGGUGGAGGCAGUGGCAGGGGAGAUCACUGGCCUCACUGGCAAGACACUCAAGAUUCCGCUGUCGUGGAAGAAUCGGUCAGGCAAGUACCACAUCGGUGUGAAGAAUGCCUUUGACUUGUUCCCUAAAGGCCUGAAGGAGAGGAUGACUAGGGAGAGGAGGGAACAGCACUGGGACCCUCAUCACAGGAUUGCACUUGCUGAUGCUGUCAAGAAACUGGAGGAUUUGGACACAAAAGUUGGAGCUUCCUUGGAGGAGAAACUUAUUAAGGAGGAUCUACAGGCACAGGCUGAUAUACUACAGAGUCUUGACAAGAAGUAUUCUGACUGUGGGCCUGUGUAUGACUGUGUUGUCUUCUAUGAUGGCAAUACAUGGAGGGCAUGUGUUGACACCAGUGAGACAGGGGACCUGGAAAGCUGUAAACUGCUGGCUAACUACCACGAAGAGCUGGAGAGUGCCAGACUCAGUAAUGCAGACAUGAUGAACUUCUCGGUGAAUAUAUACAAUGAUGGCAAUGUAUUGGAAGUUGUAACUAAUGCAGGUUCCCACGGCACCCACGUGGCAUGCAUAUCAGCUGGCCACUUCCCAGACAACCCCGAGAGGAACGGGCUGGCGCCAGGGGCACAGAUCGUCUCCAUCAAAGUAGGAGAUACACGACUGGGCUCAAUGGAGACAGGAACCUCCCUUGUCAGAGCUAUGAUCAAGGUAUUGGAGCGCAAAUGUGAUUUAAUCAACUAUAGUUAUGGAGAAGCGUCUCACUGGUCUAAUUCAGGGCGUGUGUGUGAUAUAAUCAAUGAUACAGUCAACAAGCAUGGUGUGAUAUUUGUAGCUAGUGCUGGCAACAAUGGCCCAGCAUUAUCCACAGUGGGUACCCCAGGCGGGACAACUUCAGCAGUUCUAGGUGUUGGAGCCCAUGUCACUCCCGCUAUGAUGGCUGCUGAAUACUCUCUCAGGGAACGACUACCUCCAAUGCAGUACACAUGGUCUUCCAGGGGUCCAAGUCAUGAUGGUGCUCUAGGAGUGUGUAUCAGCGCCCCUGGAGGAGCCAUAGCCUCAGUACCAAACUGGACUCUCCGCGGCAGUCAGCUGAUGAAUGGUACCAGCAUGAGCUCUCCUAAUGCCUGUGGCGCCAUAGCCCUUGUGCUGUCUGGUCUGAAGGCAAACGGAGUACCUUACACUCCACACAGUGUGCGGAGAGCUCUGGAGAACACAGCACAGAAGGUGGACACUGUUGAAGUGUUUGCCAUGGGCUAUGGUCUGGUACAGGUGGAGAAAGCGUUUGACUACCUGUGCCAGAAUGCCGCAGAGAAGGAGAGGAACGUGAAGUUCCAGGUGACGUGUCAGGGAGGAAAGAGGGGGAUCUAUCUCCGGGAGGUGCCCCAGCUGCAGAAGCCCUCUGAAGUGUCAGUGUCUGUAGAACCCAAGUAUUUUGAGGAAAAAGCUGCUCAAACUGAGAAGAUCGAGUUCAACAUCCAGUUCAGCCUGGUGUGUGAGGCACCCUGGGUUCAGUGUCCGGCACAUCUGGAGCUGAUGAAUGUGUCCCGGACUUUCUCAGUCAAAGUUGACCCUCGGGGGCUGUCAGAAGGGGACCACUUUACAGAGGUGUGUGGGUACGAUGUCCAGAAUAUACAGAAGGGUCCACUGUUCAGGGUUCCUAUCACUGUCAUAGUGCCUUCAAGAGUGACAGACGGUAUAAACUUCUCACUGUCCUACAAGGAUGUGAGAUUCCGGCCAGGUCAGAUACACAGACGGUUCAUCCAUGUGCCUGAAGGAUCAACUUACGCAGUUCUCCAUGUGAAGUCUCAAGACACGGAGAAGAACUGUAGAGUGCUCCUACACACCCUGCAGGUGUCUCCACAACACCAGUACAAGAAGUACGAGUUUGAGAGAUUUAUAACAAUAUCCGACUUAGGAGAUACUACUCAAGCAUUCCCAGUGUUGGAUGGUGUGACUCUCGAGUUGUGUGUAGCUAAGUGGUGGGCCAACCUAGGGGAGGUAACUCUCGACUACUCCAUUACAUUCUAUGGUUCUCAGCUUGAUGCCAGGCAGCCUGUCAUGCAUGUAGCAGAGGGCAUUUCACGAUUCAAUAUUCGUUCCCAGCUGAAGAAUGAGGAAUGCUUUCCUUCUAUUAACCUGAAAACUAUGGUGCAACCUAUCAGGCCAUCUGAACAUCGUAUGCGGUGUCUACAAGGUGCUAGAGAUUGUCUUCCAGAGAACAGACAGAUCUAUGGUAUAGAGCUGUCCUACAGUUUCCACAUGAGUAAAGCUGGUGAGGUGAUGCCAGACUGCUCGUUGCUCAGUCACAUGUUGUACGAGUCUGAAUAUGAGAGUCAGCUGUGGAUGAUCUUUGACACCAACAAGCAACUUAUAGCUUCAGGAGAUGCGUAUCCUAAUCAGUACACAUGUAAGCUGGAGAAGGGAGACUACCAGCUGCUGAUGCAGGUGAGACAAGAGUCCCGAGAGAGCCUGGAGAGGAUUAAGGAUGCAGUAGUUCUGCUGCAUCACAAGCUCGCUAACUCCAUCACCCUGGAUGUCUACAACCACCCACAGAAUGCUCUGACUGCUGGCAAGAAGGGCUCUUCAUUCACUGCCGUCAAAGGAAUGGUAUAUCCAGUAUACUGGCUCCCCUUGUCGGAGGAUAAGCUGCCUAAAGGAGCAUCGGCAGGACAUUUCUUGUUGGGAACUAUGUCCCUGGUUAAAGAUGAUCCCUCCAAGAAAGCAAGCUCCAUACCAUUCAAGUAUGUCCUGACCGAGAACCCCAAGAAGUCCAACAACAGUAAGAGCAAUGGGAAGGAGAAGGAGAAGGAAAAGAAGACAAAGGAGGAAGAAUUCAGUGAAUCUCUCCGAGAUCUCAAGGUCUCCUGGAUAACCAAACUUGAGUUGGGUAAUGCUUUGUAUGAUGAGCUGCGGAAGGACUACCCCAACCACCUCCCUCUACACAUUGCCAGACUUCAGGCUCUCGACUCAGAUGAGGACCAUGAGAACAACCUGGGAGAUAUCAUAUCUCUGUCUCGUCAUAUCAUCUCAAAGAUUGACCAACCAAGUCUACUUGCCUUCUACGGCAUGAAGAAUGACUCCAGACCUGAGGCAUCAACUGUCAAAAGUGAGAUGGACAAGCAGAAGUCGGCCCUGGUGGAGGCCUACGUCCAUCUAGGCUGUGCACAGGCUGAUGUCCUCUCACAGCCUCAGGAAGCCACAGACUCAACAGAUGAUUCCUCCUCUGUCAUCGUACCGCCCCAAGUCUCCAUGAAGGAUCUGGAUGACACGUUUGUGGAGAUACAGAAGUGGGCUGAUCUCACAGAUGCCAAGGUGCUGCCGUUCGCUGUGAGACAUGCUAUUGCACACAAGCAGUACGGGAGAGCUGUGAAGUACCUCCUCAAGCAGCAGGAAGACAAGGGGUCACGGGAUGUUGAGGCAAAGAUAAAGACAAUGUACUCUCAUCUGAACUGGGAUCACUGUGUGAGGCAUAUAGGCAACUGGAUGCUAGUCCGAUAUCCAUCCGGUUACAGGCCAUUUUAAUACUGACACCUAGAUACCUUCUAGACACAUAUCCAGUUUACCAACAAGGCAGUUCUACUUUGUCACUGAAUUAGAUACACUUAGUGUGAAAGCUGACUUUUAUCGGAACAUGGGAUCACGUGACCAGUCGAGUACUUUCGACAUCUCUUGCCAAAUUCAGUAGAGGUGCGGGAGAGAAAUAUUUUAACCCAUUGAUCCCACGCAUGGAUUGUGUCCAAUACAGUGACAGUUUUACAUGUAUUUAUGAAUAAGAGUCACGUCUCUGGAAGACUCUGGUUCACUUCAUUGUUGUACUAUGUGAUUUUAACACUGUAGCUUGUCAUUUAUUGUGUGUAUGUGUGUGUGACAAAUGUGUGUAAGUGUGAUACCAUGCAAACGGCCUGGUUCAGCUGUCAUUGUGUGAUAUGGCUGACUGCUAAGUUUCAACAUGGCUUCAUGUUUGUUUUUGGUUUUUGAGAUUAAUGAAUUUACAUGCAAACUGCUGCAAUAUUUAUUUUAAUGGUCAUCUUUUGAACAUGUUCACUGCUGUUUUAGAAUUUAUUUCUAUCUGUUAACGUGAUUUUAAAGCUGAAACCCAGUUGGAAAUAUCAAAUUUUGCUCUUUGCUGUAGUCCAUAUGUCCAGUCUGUAAAAGAAGGUACAAAAAUUGUUUGCAUAUUGUUGAAUAUAUGUCUGAUAAACUUGACAUGUUUUGUAUGGUUCACAUCCAACUAUCUGUGACUUGUUUCAUGUAAUAAUCACAAUGAAUAUUUGCGAUGGAGAUAUUUUCCUGAGACUUAAAAUUAUAUUCGGAUAAUUCAUUAUAUCAGGGAGUGUAAUAUGUCUUUAAGAUAUGUUUAUAAACAUGUUCUCAUCUCUCUCAUGUCUCUGAAAUAUAUAGCAGCUAUCUGAUUAUCAUAGAGGGUCAUGUGCUUUAACACAUAUGUGCACACAAUUUUACAUAUCACUCAAUAUCAUUUGAACAUCAUGGUUUAACAUUAGAGCAUAGGCAUAAAAAUCAUUACAUCAGUUAAAAAAUUAAGUUACAUCAAUAUUCGGCAUUACAUCAUCACCAAGAGAAAUUUGAAUAUGUAAAUUGUACAUUUUUGAUCAACAAAUCUAUGUAUUUUCUCUGACCAUGUUAUGUUUGAUAUAUAGUAUCUACAUUUGCAUAAUGACCUAUAAUUGCAUCACCAUUACACAUUUAGUUUGGGUGUUCUGGCCCAAAAUCAACACUAAGAACAUUAGGAUGACUUCACUAUAAGAGUUUAACUAUAAUAGUUUAACUAUAAUAGUUGUAUAGAAUUUUGUCUCCCUUAAUCUUGAAAGUAAUCAAUAGUGUAACUACUUGCUCUCUCAACAACAGUAUAAGGCAGGUUGAGUGUGUCAUGUGUAUCUUGCACAACUCAUUGUCACUUCAUUUUUUAAAAACUAUACCAUGUAAUGUGAUUGUCUUGAAGGGCAUUGUCAGAUUCAGUACACAAAGGUUGUAAUUAAACAUCAGUUGUAAACACAGUACGUGCAGGUGUAGUUGUAUGUAGAAUUGACUAUCUAUAUCACCAUGGUAGGCUUGUAGGAUAAACUGUACAUUUGAGACACCCCUGUGAUACCAGACUGAAGACAUCACUUUGUUCUGUAUAUUGAGCUUUUAUGACACCGUACAAAUAAAAACUAAUUCACGUA